AUGAGACAGCGAAGAUGGCUAGAGUUGAUUAAUGACUAUGACGUGGAGUUUAAUUACCAUGAAGUGAGUGACUCCUUAUUGGAGAAAACGAGAGAGCGAGUUAAAGAAGGGAAAGCUGAAGGAUUCACGAUAUUCGAGGAUGGUAGCAUUCGAUACAAGGGUCGAUGGUGUGUACCUUCUACUUGCACAAAGCUUAAGGAUAAGAUCUUGACAGAGGCUCAUAGUUCAAAGUACUCUAUUUAUCCUGGAGGAGACAAAAUGUAUAAAGACUUGAAGCAGACAUUUUGGUGGUCUAGGAUGAAAAGAGAUAUUGCUGAGUUUGUUUCCAAGUGUUUGACCUGUCAGAAAGUAAAGAGCGAGCAUAAGAGGCCUGUAGGGUUACUCCAACCUUUGGAUAUUCUUGUAUGA